UCGCAUGGUUACAGUCUCCUCCCUGCUCUCCUAUUGGCCGAUCAUCUGGACAAGAAGGGCUGAUCUUGUUCUGACGCCUCUGACAAACUGAAGACAACCAGCUGGGUCAACAUGUCGUCGAUACCAGAUCUGAUCAAGAAGAAGAGAGACGGAGAAACGCUGAGCGACGACGACGUCAGAGCGUUCGUUAACGCCGUCACCAGCAAACUCAUCCAGGACGCUCAGACAGGCGCGAUGCUGAUGGCCAUUUGGCAGAAGGGGAUGGUCGUCGCGGAAACCGCGGCCCUGACCAGAGAGAUGAUGCUAUCGGGAGAAGUGAUGUCAUGGCCAAAGGAGUGGGCGGGGCUAAUGGUCGACAAACACUCAACAGGUGGAGUGGGCGAUAAAGUUAGCCUGGUGCUAGCGCCUGCGCUAGCCGCCUGUGGCUGCAAGGUGCCAAUGAUCAGUGGGCGGGGCUUAGCCCACACUGGAGGAACUCUGGACAAACUGGAGUCGAUUCCUGGAUUCGACAUCCAUCAGUCGACGGAGCAGAUCCACAAGAUCCUGGACUCGGUCGGCUGCUGCAUCGUGGGCCAAACCGAGAUGUUGGUUCCUGCCGAUCGCGUUCUGUACUCGUUGCGUGACGCAACCAGCACCGUGGAUAGUUUGCCGCUCAUCACAGGUUCCAUCAUCUCAAAGAAAGGAGCCGAGUCUCUGGCGGCUCUGGUUCUGGACGUGAAGUUCGGAAAAGCGGCGCUGUACAAGGAUCUGGAGAGUGCGAAAGAACUCGCACAGUCAAUGGUGAACGCUGGGAACGGUUUGGGGAUCCGUACGGGGGCGGUGCUUAGCAAUAUGGACACUGUGAUUGGCCGAUGUGUGGGAAACAGUCUGGAAGUGAUCGAGUCUCUGGAGACGCUGAAAGGAAAUGGACCCGACGACCUCAUGGAGCUGGUGACCACUCUGGGGGGCAUCCUGCUCAUGAUGACCAACAUCGCGCCCGACCUAUCGGAAGGCAGGAAGCGGGUUGCCAACGCCGUGGCCAGCGGCGCGGCUCUGCUCAGGUUCCAGGCAAUGAUGGAGGCUCAGGGCGUUGCCAAAGAGACAGCGAGGUCGCUAUGCUCCGCCCAAACCGAUUACUUCACCGUCCUGAGGAAAUCGGAGCAUCAGACGGAACUGACGACGUCUGCAGGCGGUGUCGUCACAGACAUCGAUGGUCUGUUUCUGGCUCAGGUUCUUCAUAAAUUGGGGGCGGGGCGAUCAAAGGUCGGUGAGCCUAUCAAUCACAGCGUGGGGGCGGAGCUUCUGGUGUCCCUGGGUCAGAAGGUUCAGAAAGGCACCCCCUGGCUGCGGCUCCAUUACGAGGCUCCGCCUCCAACUCCAGACCAGAUGAGUGGACUUCAGAGCGCGGUGACUGUGAUGACAAACACUCACACACUGACACACACGCUCGUCCAUGAGCUGCUGCUGCCAAACUAAAGUAAUGGGUUAACUUAAAAUAAUGAACCUUUAUUACCCAUCAUUAUGAUUAUUAAUGCAAAGUUUUUAAUUUUUAUACUACUUAACUAAUAUUUUAAUACUAACAUUAAUAACUUGUUAAUUACAGCUUAUUUAUCUUUUAUUAACGUUCUAAAUUUAAUUUUAAAGCAUUUUUGUGUUUUAAUUAACAAAAACAAACAUGAAUUUAAAUGAAUGUGGUUAUUUUUCUUUACCUCUGAAGGUGAAAAGCAUCAUGGGAAAAUGUCAAAAUAAGCCACUGACUGUUUUUAAUGUAACAAGAUAAAGGUACUACUUAAAAUGU